CGUGAAUUCAACGUAUUCACGUGCAAACCAACGUUUAUAACUGUCACAUACAAGUACUCGAAGGCAUUGAAAAGUGUAUAUAAAAAAAGCGAAAAUGAGUGACAAUGACGUUGAAGCACGUGUCCUUCAACUAUACCGAGACCAGAAGUGGCAGGAUAUCAUUGAUUUAGGUAGUAUCAAUAAUGACAAAGAAAAACGUCGACUUCUGUGGGUUUGGCCAAGUGAGGACGAUUUAUACUGGAUAAGAGAUGUUGUUACAAAUCGUGCUUUACACGGAAUUAUAAGUAUUGGUUGUGGUAGUGGUUUACUCGAAUGGUUAAUUAAGAUAUAUACUGGUAUAAAUAUUAUUGGUGUGGAAAUUGAUAAGCCUUGGUGGGUUAGUCGUCACUCACCUCCUCAGUUCUUAAAAGACAUCAUUUUCGUAGAACAUAAGAACCAGAAUAUUAAGAUGCCGUCAAAAUAUGCACUACUGUUUUGUUAUUUUAAUAAUGCAUCGGCAUUUUACGAAUAUAUGAAAAAUUUUGAAGGAAAUACAGUUUUAGUGAUCGGACCUAUGGAGGGUCAGUGUCGUUUUACAGAUCCAUUGCCAUUUGAUGAAAAGUUUUCUAAACUGGGGUGGCAACUAAGUUUUAAACGAGAAAUAAUAAGAAGCAAGGAUCUAAUCACUGUAUAUGUUAGAUGACAAUCAGAUAUUGCGUUUAUUUCAUUUAUUUCAAUUGACUUAUAUAAAAUGUCUAUAAAAUGAUAAAACCAAAAAUAAAUGAUUUUUCUUACCCAAAUUAAGUAUGUACAAUAACUGGAAUAAAUUCUGCAGUGUAUAUGAAA